CGUAGAUCAGGCUCCGCCUUGUCCUAUAAAAGGCUGCUGCGCUGCCGCCAUUAUUCCUCUCACACGUUCUUCAGGAUCAGUGCUGCUGUCACCUCACCGUCACUGCUAAGAAUCAUGGCUGACCAAAAGGAGCGCACCUUCAUUGCCAUCAAGCCCGACGGUGUCCAGCGGGGCCUGAUUGGAGAGAUCAUCAAGAGGUUCGAACAGAAAGGCUUCAAACUGGUGGCCAUGAAGAUGGUUCAUCCCUGUCAGGACCUGCUGCAGCAGCACUACGCUGACCUGAAGGAGAAACCUUUCUUCCCCUCCCUCAUCGAGUACAUGAGCAGCGGACCUGUGGUUGCCAUGGUGUGGGAAGGUAAAGGUGCUGUGAAGACCGGCCGUGUGAUGCUGGGGGAGACCGACCCUGCUAACUCCAAACCCGGAACCAUCAGAGGAGACUUCUGCAUUGUAGUUGAUAGGAACAUCAUCCACGGCAGUGACUCAGUGGAAAGUGCCAAAAAAGAGAUCAGCCUGUGGUUCAAGGAUGACGAGCUGGUCCUGUACACCCCCUGUGCCCAUGCCUGGCUCUACUGAUCUGACUCGGCCCAGUCAGGGUUCUGUUGCAGACCGUCACCACUGAGCCUUCAGACUCAGACUUUUCUGUCUUUGUUUUUCCAUACAAAUGACUUCAACAUUCCCAGUCCUGCAGUGCCCUGCUCACUGUCCUCAUACUGGUACUGAAACCAGUUCUGUCCUAGGUCAGGUCUACAUUCCUGAGUUUAGUCCCCCAUAGUAACAUUCCACGGUUUGUUUGUUUUUUCAUGAUCACAGGUUGUUGGUUUGAAUGUUUCUUACCAAUAAAACUCACAGAAUUCCAAA